CAUGGCGUAAAGAAUGAAUAUUUCAACGCUUUCUAAAGUUACCAGGAUAUAUCCAUUAUAGCGAAAUUAAAUCAGAAAGUGUUCAGAUAAAAAAGCGGUUUGUAUACUCCUUUUUUAUUAAAUUAAAACAGCCAAUCAUCUUUCCUUUUUAUGUAGAAGGAAAAAAAAUCAAAGAAAAAAGGAAAAAAAUCCGUACAAUGUGUGAUUCGAUCCCACUAACUUAUGGUUUGCAAGGCAGUACCUUACGGCACCUUUCAGCACCUUUCAGCACCUAACGGCACCUUUCAGCACCCUAAUCGGCACUAGGUGCUGCUUUUUCCCCCUUGGUUGAACCAUACAUUAACAACCGAACCAGAUAAACAUGUGGUAAUUAAAAAAUGGCUAUUAAAUUCACCGAUUCAACUGUGUCGUAAGUAUCUUUAAUUAUUGUCUGCAUCAGAAUUUCUCAAAUGAUCAAUUCUAUUGAAAGUUCACUGAGUAGCAAAAAAUUCAUUUUACGCUGAGUUCAAUUUGAAUUUUCAAUUACCUGCAGAAAUAGUUUGUCAUCACUAUCAACAAUAAGCAAAUAAAGCAUGUACGCAGUCAGCGGAUUGGUCUUACGAAGAAGCAGAAGCUUUGGGACAAGCACUAGAAAAAUUUCCGCCAAAUACAUUAUGUCGAUGGCGUUUGAUUUAUGAAUUUUUCUGUGAAAAAUGUCCAUCUUCUCAUCAUGAAAAGUUAUUGCAUAUGGCCAAAUUGAUGCCAACACAAUGGUGCACAAUCGCACCGAUCGUAGGCCGUACGGCAGCACAAUGUCUUGAACGUUAUGAAUAUUUAUUAGACCAAGCUCAAUGUCGGCGAGAAGACUUAAAUGAAAACAAUGAUGAUCCAAGAACAUUGCGUCCAGGUGAGAUUGAUCCAAAUCCAGAAACAAAACCAGCGCGUCCAGAUCCAAUUGAUAUGGAUGAAGAUGAAUUAGAAAUAGAAAAACAACUCGAAGAAGCAAGACGUUUGGCUGCAUUACAAAAACGUCGAGAACUUCGUGCAACUGAUAUUGAAGUACGACGAUAUCACAGUCGAAAACGUGAUGUCAAUUACAAUGUUGAAAUUCCAUUUCAAAAACUUCCGGCAAUUGGUUUUUAUGAUACAACGAACGAAGAAUUUGAUCCGGAAAAAGUUGAUCUUCGUCGUUUACGACAAGAUAAUGUCAAUUCCAUACAAAAAGAAGAAAAUGAACAACAACCAAUUCGUAAGCGAUCGAAGUUAGUGUUAUCCGCACCACAAAUAAGUGACAUAAAGUUGGAACAAGUAGUUAAAUUAGGACAAGCAACAGAAAUAGCCAAACAACAAGUGACCGAAACUGGUACACCGGCAACAGAAACAUUACUCGGUGAUUAUAAUUUGACACCAGAUUUGAGAACUUUAUCAACAAUAGGUGCGACGCCUGGCAUAACACCCGUUCGAGAUAGAUUGAAUAUUAAUGCCGAAGAUGGCUUGUUCGACGGUCAAAUGAAACAGAUUGAAUCAAUCGGUUUAUUUACCAUGCCUAAAGAACGUGUUGCGAAAAAGAGCCGUAUUCACAAGGAUGUACAAAAACAAGGUAUUAAUUUCAAUAAAGAUUUUGGACAGCAUAUUUUGAAAAACCCGUUGAUUAUUACCAGCAUGAUUGAUAAGUCUGCUAUUCGUCCAACAGAUAUUGUUCUUGAAGUUGGUCCUGGAACGGGAAAUCUAACAGUGAAAUUAUUGGAAAAGGCCAAAAAGGUUGUUGCCUACGAAAUCGAUCCUCGUCUCGUUGCUGAACUACAAAAACGUGUUCAAGGAACUCCGUUUCAAAGUAAAUUAGAUAUUGUUAUUGGGGAUAUACUGAAAUCCGAUUUACCAUUUUUUGAUUUAUGCGUAGCAAAUUUACCCUAUCAGAUCUCAAGUCCAUUUGUAUUCAAAUUACUUUUACAUCGGCCAAUGUUUCGUUGUGCUAUUGUUCUAUUUCAACGUGAAUUUGCUCAACGUCUUGUGGCUAAACCGGGUGAAAAAUUAUAUUGUCGACUAUCAGUUAAUACUCAAUUAUUAGCCAAAGUUGAUCAUCUUAUGAAAGUUGGUAAAAAUAAUUUUCGUCCACCUCCAAAAGUUGAAUCAAGUGUUGUAAGAAUUGAACCUAAAAAUCCACCGCCUGCAGUGAAUUAUCAAGAAUGGGAUGGUCUUACAAGAAUAUGUUUUACAAGAAAAAAUAAAUUAUUAGUAUCUGAAUUCAAACAAAAAAAAGUAGUGGCAUUAUUGGAAAAAAAUUACCGUAUUCAUUGUUCAUUAAAUAAUAAAACUAUUACGAAUGACUUUGACACGAAGGCAAAAGUAGAAGAAAUAUUAGAACAAAGUGGUUUUGCAAAAAAACGUGCAAGACAAAUGGAUAUGGAUGACUUUCUCGGACUGCUACACGCAUUUAAUUCUGAAGGCAUCCAUUUUUGUUGA